GCAUUUCCCUCCUAAAUAUUCAAGCUCUUCAAAACAUCUUUUUCUCUUUGAGAAUCACAGAGAAUCCAUGGCUCGUAGAGAAACAACAAGUUUCUUGGUUCUGAUACUGGUUGCUCUUCCAGCUCUGGUAUUCGCAAUUCAAACUCUGAGAACUGAGCCUUCAAGGAAGGAGUACAAGGAAGGCGAUUACAUUCCUCUCUUCGCCAACACAGCUUAUUCUGAUCGAGGUCCAUGUGAGGCAUAUUCAUAUUUUGAUUUGCCAUUCUGCCCUCCUGGAGAUCCAAUAGCCAACAGAAAAAAAUCCUUUCAAGAACUUAUAGCAGGGGAUUGUUAUGUCAACACUCAGUAUGAAUUGAGGUUCAAGAUGGGAACAACGAGGAAACUCCUUUGUGAGAAAAAUCUGACCAGAGAAGAAGUUGCGAAAUUUAGGGGUGCCAUUGUAAACAAAACUGUGUACUCUAUGUACUAUGAUAACAUUCGCUUGAAAUUGCUAGUUGGAGUAAAUGCCUCAGAUCCAGUGGUGGACCAAACGGUCCAAACCCUGAACCGAUCACUUGGACUUUAUCUUGUCAAUCACCUGGACUUUCAUAUCCUUUACUUAGGAAACAAAGUCAAACAUAUAUAUGCUAUAGGUCAGUACGAUUUUGCUGGGGAAAUAUCUAAGGACGCUGAAAUCAAAGCCGUCAACUUCACGUAUUCAGUCUUCUGGGAAGAUUUUGUAUCCAAGCCAGAGUAUCAAAAUGAGAUCAUGCGUGACUUUUGGGGAGGAGGACUACAUGAUCCUAUGCCUUAUGCUACGGCUUUCAUCAUUUUGGUCUGGCUUUUUAUGCUUUAUGAAGUGACUGUAACAUACCUUACAGAUUAUUUUACUCGGAAUUCUUAUGGAGUUGUAAUGGUAGCAGCUACAGGGGUUACUCGUCCUCGUCAUAUUCAUGGUGAUGCCUGCAUAUGUCCUCGGUACUCGUCCCUACUUGGGGCCAUUCUGGGUGUUGGAACUCAACUGUUCAUUACAAUUUGUGUUCUCUUUGUUUUGGUAUAUACAGGUCACCUAUAUGCCUGCAAUAAUGAGAGCAUGUAUAUUUUGUUCAUCGUGACAUAUGGUAUCACGUCAUGGUUUUCUGGGUACAAAGCUACUUCAUUCCACUCUGGCUUCACAACACGAGGAUGGAUAGAAUGUGUUAUUCAAACUGGGGCCCUGUACCCUGUUCCAGUGAUCUUAUUAGUUCUUGCCAUAGCAAUAAGAUCACUUCUUACCACUACAACCUUCUAUUUUAUCAUUUCUUUUUUCGUUGCUAUCAGACUCCUUACUUGGGGUGGCAAAUUCGGGCAGACUUCCAUAAAUGAAUCUAAAAUAACUUGUUCCACCAUACACUUUCAAAGUGAGAUUCCAGAUCAGGCUUGGUACACGAGGACACCUGCUCAAAUGUUCCUUGGGGGUCUUCUACCUUUCAGCAUAAUCUACUCCAUGAUGGAUGAUAUCUAUGCAAGCUUGUACAGUUUGAAAGUCUGUGGUGCAUUUAGUACUAUGUUUACCGCAUUCAUUUCUGUCAUCGCACUAACUGUGUUGAUGGGAAUCAUCUGUACAUGCUAUCAGCUUUACAAGCAAGAUCACCAAUGGUGGUGGAGAUCUGUGCUUCGUGGGGGAUCACUUGCCAUUUUCAUGUUUGCGUAUGGUCUCUAUUUCUAUGCUAGAGCAAGUGCCAGAAUUUCAAUGAACCUGCUAGAGUUCCUGGGCUACAAUGCUUGCAUAUUCUAUACUGUCUUCUUGAUACUUGGAACCAUUGGCUUCUAUGCUUCAUCAAUUGGUUUCCAUUACAUGCGCCGAGUCCUAAAGAGGAGAGAGACGAAAAAGUUCAAUUCUUUCUCUCAUGUUGACUCAAAGAGAGAUAGCACAUAAUUUUGGUUAUUUUCUUGAUUGACAGGCUUGAGGAGGCCUUAGUAAUUGUAUUGCAAUAUUUUUCUCUUUUUGGUAGAAGAAGUCAACACCAUGGAUUCAAAAUCCUUGACCUCACCCAUACCUACAUUGUUAUUCAUGGUCCAACUCCAUUAAUGAUCACCUUAUAGGUAUCCUUGAA